CCUUCAUGACAAUGGUGUUCCCUAGUGGAUGUGGUCUAUUCCAGAAGGAUAAUGCACCAUGCCACAUUGCACACAUUGUUCAGGAAUGGUUUCAGGAACAGGUGUUGCCCUGGCCUUCACAUUUCCCGAUCUCAAUCCAAUCGAGCAUCUAUGAGAUGUGCUGGACCAAUAAGUUCGAUCCACAGAGGCUUCACCUCACGACCUACAGGACUUGAAGGAUCUGCUCCUAACGUCUACAGGACACCUUCAGGGGUCUUGUAGAGUCUAAUGCCUAGUCAAGCACAUGGGGGACCAACCAAUAUAUAUAUUAAAAAUUUAGCUGACAAUAGUAUGAUGUUCACUUAAAAAUACAUUUUGCAGCAUUAGAUUGCACAGUCCUAAUCUGAUCUUAAGUUUGCCUUCAUUGAACACAAGCUUGUCAGAUGAUCCUUAUGGCAAACCAUAAGGAUGAAGUUGAUGUAUUUGCACAAACUUCCUCUGAGACAAUUUCCCUUGUCCUGGACAGACACCGGGUCAUGCGAGUUUGCUUUGGUUAGCUGAACUCCUGGACAGUGUUGACAGGACUUCUGACCCGUUGACAAUGCACAUAAGCCCACGCAGGCCAACACACCCAACACACUCUAACACACAAACCUACAUUCCCUGGAUUCUCCACAUCCAUACAAACAUUUACAAAACACACGCACCAUGCAUCAAAAAGCACUCUACCCGCUUUCCUGUCAUCAUUAAACACAAAAGAGACUCUAAUACACAACUAUAAAUACUGACACACGGGGGCCUGGAGCCUUUACCCGCUGAGCUUCCAGCGCGUGGGCAGAAUAAGGAAGGUGGAGAGGAGGAUUCAGGUUGGUGUUUUUCCCCCCCUGAUCCGAGACCAUCUAGAGCCCUCAUUCGGUCAUUAUAAGAAGCGCCACAAAACUGACCUAGGAGCAGUGUGAAAAAGCAGCUUAACUAACACAGGAAAUAAACACCCUGACUGAAUGAGACUUCCUGCACAGCGUUAUAAAGGAUACUCUCUCUUAGGUCAGACUGGUCAGUUUUUCAGAGACACGUUUCAGUGAGAGAGUCUUGAUCGUGUGUGUGCGGCUUGUUUGAAACUGGGAUCAGAAGAGAGGGGCUGUAAGAACAGGGCGGUGUGUGUUCUCGUCCCUGCUGGUCGGGGUACGAGUAGGGAGCUGGCCUCCCCAAAUAGAUCUGAAUCUCAUUUUGCCAGGUAAAUUAAUGCAGAUGGAAGAAGAACACAGAAGCCCCUCCGAGCAAGCUGCAGCCGCCCAUGUGAUGGAGGUGAAAGGCUACAUUAAGGAGUUCACCCGCCACUCUAAGGACGUGUUGUUGAACUUAAAUGAACUGCGGCAUCGGGACAUCCUUACAGACGCCACGCUGCUCGUGGGCACCACCACGCUGCGCGCCCACUGCGCCGUGCUCAUCGCAUGCAGUGGAUUCUUCUACACUCUGUUCUCUCGGCGAGCAGCUGGUGCUUGUGGUCAGCGGGGGUUUUCUCUUGCCCUGCCGGAGGAGCUGGAUGCAGGGAGCGUGUCCCUGCUGCUGGACUUCAUGUACACCUCCUGCCUCCCACUCACGCCCCGGACGGUAUCUGGAGUGCUCACCGCUGCCACCUACCUGCAGAUGGAGCAUGUCGCAGACACCUGCCGAGCAUUUAUUCAGCACAGUGAAAGGAUCACUGUGAGUCCCUCUUUGAUGGAGCCAGCCUCCAGAGCGCCCCUCGGUGGAAGGUCACCGCCUGCUCAUCCUACCAUCUUCUCCUCCCCCUCCAGGCCUGCUGCUGAGGCAGAAGAUCCUAUCCCAGACCGAGCCAGGGUUCCAAGUGAGAGCUUUGCCUCGCUGGAUCCAGGGACUCAGACCCUAAAAUUAGAGGAAACAUCACCUCUAACUCCCUCCACACCAUCCCCAGACAGUCCUUCCCAUUCCAGCGGGCAGCCCAACUCACCUGCUGAGUCCAGCGGCUGCAGUCUCUCUCCUCAACUAAAGAAGCGAUCUGAAUGUAAGCCUAAUCCUGACCCAAAGGCCUGUAACUGGAAGAAGUACAAGUAUAUUGUCCUCAACCCUCUGUGCGCCACGCCUAUAAAGGAGGAGGGGCCUGGAGAGGAGCUUCAAGCACAAAGCCACGCCCCCUUUGUCAAUGAAAGGAUGGAUGCCUCAUCUAAAACAGCCAAUAACAUUUUGACAGGGCAGGAGUCUGGACUGAACAAUAGGAAAACAUUGUCUCUUCCAUAUAACACAUCACAGCAAAAAAUAUCUUUUACUCCCCAUCAUGUUGUGGACCGCCAUUUGCAACCCCUGACCCUUUCAAUCAGUGAGGAUAAAGGUUUCUGCAGUCCUUAUGUUUGUACCCAAAUAGACAAUCAGAAUCAUUUAUUGGGCCAACAUCCAAUCAAAUUUGAGAACCUCUCCACACAGCUCAGUUACACUGGAAAUCAAGGCAUAAACACAAAACCUUCCUGCUCAGGAGACAAGCCUUACCGCUGUAAUGUGUGUGGGGCGCAGUUCAACCGGCCUGCGAAUUUAAAGACUCAUUCUCGCAUCCACUCUGGAGAAAAGCCCUACCGCUGCGACACAUGCGGAGCCAGAUUUGUUCAGGUCGCUCACCUGCGUGCUCAUGUUCUGAUCCACACCGGGGAAAAGCCGUACCCAUGUAACACCUGCGGGACACGUUUCCGCCACCUGCAGACGCUGAAGAGCCACCUGCGCAUCCACACCGGAGAGAAGCCUUACAGCUGUGAGAAAUGUCACCUGCACUUCCGUCAUAAGAGUCAGCUGAGGCUCCAUCUGAGACAGAAACACGGCGCAAUAACCAACACCAAGAUCCGCUACAAGGUUCUGUCAGACCCGUACCAACCUGGACCCACCCUGCUACAAGCUGGCUAAGGGGCACAGUCAAAACAUCGCAGGCACCGUAGCGAUAUGCUCACUCUGCAGAUAGGUCAAGACCGAAAUGCUUAGGCUGAAGAUUGAUGGAUCUAUGAAACAGUAUUGUAAAGAGUUUAAAGAGGUGGAGUGCUGCAUUCGAGGAGAGCUUGACUAAAAAUAUACCAAUGAAUGUAGUCUUCCAAGAAUGUAGCACUCCUGCGCUAGAUGUGCUGACUAUUAUCUUUAUUAUUUGUUAAAAUAUUAUUUAUUUUGCUUUGCAUACUUUCUGUUCCUCAUGCUAUUUAAUCAUAUUUUAUGCUGUCGCAAAAAGCAUUUUGUUGUCAUAUUGGCCACUUUUUCUGUGGCAGGUUAAAUGGUGCAUAUCAUUGUCAAAAAAUAAGUAUGUAGCCCUGUUCAGAUUGUAAUUGUUUCUUAGGGAUAUAUAUAUUUACAAUUAUAUAAUAUAUAAUUACUUUUGUUAAUUUUAACAAAAUUAAUUAUAUAUUAGCACGGCUAAUCAUUUUACUAGUUGGCCAAGUAUCCAGGUCAAAUGUUAACCUUAUGUAAAUAAGAGGUUGUGUUAACAUUUUUUUCUACUAAUUUCCACAUUGGUAAAAAAAAAAUCCAUCAUUUGGAAAGAUAAAACUUUUUUUAUCAAGUUUAACAAGUUUUAUCACUAAGGAGCUAUGCAAAUGUAUUUUUUCAGUCAUCUCUAUGAGAAACAAUUACCAUCCAAAUAGGAAUUAAAGGUUUGUUCACACCAAGAGCGAUAACUAUAAAGAUAACUAUAACGAUAACUAUAUUAGCAUUGAAACCAGCGCAUAAUAUCGCUUUGUUUAUUCUAUAAGCACGUGCUGCAGUUUUAUCAUCUGUCGCUUUAAAUGGCUCUGAAAGCAGUAUGGAUUCUGAAUGUCUGUUUUUAUUGUUCAAAAACGUGGAAAAAAAACGUUCGGAAAGUGAUUCCACCAGUAUCGUUCUGCUGUGACUUUAUCGUUGUGCUGUGGACUUUUAUAUUUAGAAUGAUUUUUAGCACUUUAUCAUUAUAGUUAUCGUCCUUGUGAAUGAGCCUUAAGACAAUAACAUAAAGCAGGUGAAAUGAAAAUGCUUCAUAUGGAAAGAAUGUAAAAAUCUUUUUGUUGUUAUGAUUUAAAGAUGGUUUGUGGCAGUGUGUGAAGAUAAGAGGUGAAUGAAGGUAAAAAUUAGUGGAUAAGAGGAAUUCUGUAAGAAGGUUGGAAAGAUUAUGAAGGGAAGAUAGAUAAAGAAGAAAGGAAGUGCAAUUAAGGAAUUUUGCAAGUUUGAAAAGGAAGAGAAAGAUUGUUAUGAUUUUUUAUUAACCAAUAUACGGUAAUUUUAAUUUCUGUUUAUUUAUUAUUUUUUUAUUAACUGUUCUGCCUAAAUAGUGUUCUUCUUUGUUCAUGAAUCCAUUCUGGUCCAAUAACCAGAAUGUCAAACUCAAAUAUAACCUCUUAGAUGAUUAUUUACCAGUUAUUCAGUAUUUUAAUGUACUAAUUUAACAGGCCUGGAGCCCAUUUGUGUUUAAGUAACAAAAAGAAAAUUUGCCUCUCAAUGUAACUUUAAAAAAAAAUACUUCUGUUUAAGAGACCAUUUCAUGAUUUUCAUGGUGUAUUAUAGUUUCCAAGAGUCCAAGCAGGUUGAGGACUCGUCAAACUAAUAUACAUGUAAAGAGUGAUGAUGAUGAUGAUAAUGAUGAUGAUGAUAAUGAGGAUAAUGAUAUCAACAAAAUUGUGUUGCGCUCUUUUGCUGGACAAAGACAAGACCUAUUUUAUAUAAAUUAAAGUUAAAUUAAUUUCUUGUUA